AUGACCCGCAGCAAGUUGCACAACCAUAGCAGUAAACUAGUCACAUCUGCCUCCCCUGCACCUGUGCGAGCAAGUGUGAACAGAGCAGAGGGAAUAAAGCUACAAGAGAACAGAAUGGCCGAAGCAAGCAGACCUAGUACCAGCGGUGCAGCCACAGGACCAAAAGCCCAACAACAGUCAAUUGUGUCCUCCUUUGCAGCCAUUACGCCGUACGAUAAACAGUCCAAAAGGAAUAGAGCUAUAACACAUGCAGUCUCUUUUUGCUUAGCCAAGGAUAUGAUGCCGCUCUCAACAGUUGAGCAAACUGGCUUUAAAUAUAUGCUGAACGUGCUGGACCAGAGGUACGAAAUCCCUGGCAGAAAAUAUUUUUCUCAGACUGCCAUCCCACGGCUUUAUGAAAAAUGCCGUAGCAAGUUAGAAACCCGGCUCCAAGAUGUCAAGCAUUUCGCGACCACCUCUGACCUGUGGUCUAGUCGCACGUCUGAGCCCUAUUUGAGUCUGACGAUACACUACAUUGAUGAGGAGUGGGCUCUGCAAAGCACAUGCCUGCAGACUGUGUAUUUUCCGGACAACAACACAGCCGAAAUAAUUUGCCAGGGACUUGAGGAUGCGCUGGAAUCUUGGGGCCUUAGUGAAGACCGACAGGUGUGCAUCACCACAGACAGCGGUGCAAACGUCGUCAAGGCCGUAGCUCUGAAAGGAUGGACUCGCUUGCAGUGCUUCGGUCACCGGCUAAACACAGCUAUUGAGGGCAGUAUGAAGGACCGGAGAAUUGACAGGGCUGUCAGUGUUUGCAAGAAAGUGGUCAGUGCCUUUUCUUACUCGUGGAAAAAGAAAAGAGCACUAGCAACUGCUCAAAAUGACCUGGAGCUCCCUAAACACAGGUUAAUCACCGAAUCUCCUACCAGGUGGGGUUCCCGUCAUGCCAUGAUAGCGCGAGUACUGGAGCAGGAGAAGGCUAUUGCGAAAGUGUUGUCUGCUGACAGAAAAAGCAGGCACCUCGUUCCCACAUGGCAGGAUGUUGAGGUAUUGGAAUCUGUCCACAAGGCUCUAAAUCCACUUGCAGACUUCACUGACGCCCUUUCUGGUGAAGCGUAUGUCAGUGUCUCAUGUGUGAAACCUGUACUUCAGCUUUUCAAUGAGGAAGUCUUGAAGCCAGAAGAUGAUGACACAGAGCUUACCAAGGACAUCAAGACUGCUGUCAUUACAUAUUUGAACGAGAAAUUCAGUGAUGAUGCUACUGAUGACCUCCUAAGCAUGGCGACCCUUGUUGAUCCUCGCUUUAAGACCCACUACAUCCAGGCUGACAAAAUAGAGGCUGUGCGGGCCAAUGCCGUCUCACAGAUACUGGACGAAUGGAACAGCUCACAGUCCAGCUCUAGCCCUAACGUUCAAUCAGAAGCAUCAACUUCAGCUGCACCAGUCAUCCACAAAAAGACACUUGGCAGCUUUUUCAAAAGGCCAGUUGCUACUGCUGGCCUCACAGACCACCAGGCUGUUGAGGCUGAACUGAACAGUUACUUGCAAUCUGCAAAUGCAGACAGUGAAAACAAUCCUCUGGAAUGGUGGAAGACCCACUGCACAGCAUAUCCCAAGGUGAGCCUUCUUGCAAAGCGGUACCUUUGCAUACCUGCCACUAGCUCGCCCUCAGAGAGAGCUUUUAGCACAGGUGGCAAUAUUGUUACCUGCCACAGGACAGCUUUAAAGCCAGAUGCUGUGGACAGACUUGUCUUUCUGGCCAAAAACCUCACAAUAGAUCCUGAAUGA